AUGAUAACCACAGGAAGUCAGCACAGCCUCUACAUGAAGCUCUGUUUCAGAGACUCAGCAGCAGUUGAGUUUAUUAUCAGGGAUGAAGGUGAGGUCACUUUAUCAUGUGAAAAUGAUGAUCAAGAUAAAUGUGACAGAACUCACUGGCUCUUCAGUAAAUCAAACACAGCGACAAUAACACUGUUUGAAAACGGGGAGAUACGCCGAGAGGCCAAAAAUAAAUCAGACAGACUGAGUGUUACAGCAAAAUGUUCUCUGGUUAUAAAGAAGCUCACAGCUGAGGAUGUUGGUCAGUACACCUGCAGAAGGUUCAACAAAUCAGGACAAAAAGAAGGUUCAGACUCUGUAGCUGAGCUGUCUGUUGUUAACCUAACUGAACAUAAGGAGGAUGACACAGUGACAUUAAACUGCUCUGUGUCCACAUAUAAAAAAUGCAAAUACUACACUGUGAAGUGGCUCUAUGGUAACAAAGACCUGAGGAUGUCACAGUCUGCCUGCUCAGCCAGUGUGAUCUUUACAAGAUUUGAUCACAUUUACACAUCCAAGAGUUCUGAGAUGUUGAAGUGCCAAGUGACACAUGGUGGAGACGUGCAGGAGUUUAUCUUCAGGAUUCAAUCUUUUGACCAGGAAAUAGGCUGGUGCUGGUGGAGGUUCAUCAUUGUGGCUGUGGGUGUAGCAACACUCAUAACAGCUGCUGUGGUCAUCCACAUUUGGACAAGAUUGGCAGGGAAUAAAAGUUCAGCCGUAUCAAAAUGAGGUAUGUAAUGAUGAAAUUUUCGACAGUGAAAUAUGGAAGUAGAAGAUCUGAUGGACACUGACUGAUCCUUCUGCGUCUGUCAGACUUCAGUAAUGUGAUGGAAAAUGUUAAGAUUCUGUGCUUCUCUUUGUUAUACAGGCCUAACUGAAAUGAACGAUGCAUCUCAGUGUGUUUGUCUCCAUAUUAUUUUGUAAUACAAGACAUACUCAGCUGCAUGUAAUGUUCUGACUGUAUUCUGUGACUGGCAGGUAGAUAAGGCGUUUCUAUAAAUGAUUCGAUUCUUGUUUUUAUUCUUAAUCUAAAGAAAUACAUACUGCUGCUGUACUCUGUGUUGUUGUUUGUCUUUGCAACGGCAAAUAAAAAAC